UCAGUCAGCUGGGAAACCAGCACUUCAGGAAAAUCAGGAAACUUGAGGAAAACUGCAAGAGUCUCCCUCAAGGAGAGGUUCUUAACCUGGAGGUCAGGACCCCCCUGGGGGGGUGAGUGCGGUGCUGUAAAGGCAACACAUUUCCACAAAAUACUGACGACUGCAUGCCAGCUCUGUUGAAUAGCUUCACUUCUCGAAGAUUUUCCGUUGGCGUGUUCGAACAGGGCUGCUGCUCUCACUUCCUCAUAGGCCCGGUGCCUGGGCCAGGGGGGGGGGGGGAGCAGACAGCCCGGAGCUAGGCGGAGCCAGCGGGGCCCAGCUUGCGCAAACGUCCGCAGGUGACCCAUAAGACCGGGCUCAGCCUCCUCUCGUUUCAUUAGCUGCGCGCAAGCUGACAAUGGCCGGCGAUCGUCACCUGUUAUGGAUCCUCUCCCUCUGUGCCUCGCUCGUCCUCUCAGGUAGCCGUACUCUAGACGGAGUGGCAGUUUACGAGGUCAUUCGACCAGUCAGACUUCAUUCCCUUUAUAAGCGAGACGUAGAGUCAUCCAGGCCUGACGUGGUGAAAUACGCCAUGACUCUCCAUGGGAAGCACAUCGAGAUGGAACUGCAGAAAAACAAAGAUUUACUGACCAAGGACUACACUGAGACAUAUUACACGAAAGAGGGGACACCCGUCACGACCAAACCUGAGGCGCUGGACCUCUGCUACUACCAGGGGAAGAUCGUGAAUGACAGCGGCUCCCUGGUCAGCAUGAGCACUUGUGAUGGAUUACGAGGUUAUUUCCAGACCGCCGAACAGAGGUUUCUCAUCGAGCCGCUGUCUGAGGACGGCGACCACGCUGUGCUGAAGUAUGAAGACGUGAACAACACCCCCAUGGUGUGCGGGGUCACCAACACCAGCUGGGACACCAACACCGAUGGCUUCCCCCCUCACACCGGCAAAUCCCGAAGCCGGUUUUCGGGUUCAACAUCGUUACAGCAGCAGAAAUACAAUGAACUCUUCCUUGUUGCAGACAACAGAAUGUACGUGAAGAUGGACAAGGACAUAGACAAAGUGAGGAAGAGGAUGUACGAAAUCGUCAACUUUGUCAACACUGUGUAUAAAGAAAUAAGCACCUUCAUCGCCGUGGUCGGGCUGGAAGUGUGGACGGACUCGGACAAGAUCAAUGUGACGACGCCGGCCGGAGAAACCCUGGACAAAUUCACCAAAUGGAGAAACGAUGAUCUGCUGAAACGCCAGCAGCAUGACAAUGCCCAUCUCAUCACUGCUAUAGACUUCGAUGGUUCAACAGUGGGGCUGGCGUUCAUUGGCACCCUGUGCUCAGGCCAUUCCACGGGAGUCAUCCAGGACCACAACCCACGCGCUGUCGCCGUUGGGGCCACCCUGUCGCACGAGAUGGGCCACAACCUGGGCAUGAACCAUGACACCAGCUCCUGCACCUGCACCGACAACAGCUGCAUCAUGGCUGCUGCACUCAGCUACACCAUUCCUCAGCACUUCAGCAGCUGCAGUGUGAACAGUUUUGAGCAGUACCUGAACUCCCGCAACCCCGAGUGCCUGCUCAACAAGCCCGAGGAUACCAAACUCCUUCAGCCGCCCGUGUGUGGCAACGGCUUCAAGGAGAUCGGGGAGCAGUGCGACUGCGGCACGGCCACGGAGUGCCCAUGCUGCAACGCCACCACCUGUAUGCUCAAGAUGGGCUCGGAGUGCGCAGAAGGGGAGUGCUGCAGGGAGUGCAAGAUCUUGGACUCCUCAUACAUGUGCCGGGAGAAGCACGACGAGUGCGACCUUGCAGAGUACUGCUCGGGCCAGUCCGGCGUCUGCCCCGAGGAUGUCUUCGCCGUCAACGGUCUGCCCUGCAAGAACAAAAUGGGCUACUGCUACAACGGGAGUUGCCCACUGCGGAAAGACGAGUGCAUCAAAAUGUGGGGAGCAGAUGCCGUUGUGGCAAGCAACCACUGCUACGAGCAGAACAAGAGGGGUUUGUUCUACGGCUUCUGCUCCCGCCCCUCUAGCGAACAGUUCAUCGGCUGCCAGACAGAGGACAUACUGUGUGGAAAGCUCUUCUGCAGUAAAGGACAGGAAAACCCUAUCAACUCCAACGGACGCCUGGCCAGGAUCGGCGACUGCAAGACCACUUUCUUCGACAACAUAAGCAAGGACAAUUCUCUAGUGGAAACGGGCACCAAGUGCGAUAAUGACAAGGUUUGCAGCAAGAACCAGUGUGUGGACCUAGAAACCGCCUACAAGGCCACAAACUGCUCAGCCAAAUGCCAAGGACACGGGGUGUGCAAUCACAAGCUGGAGUGUACUUGUGAGCCUGGCUGGCUCCCGCCUGACUGUGAGAGGCGUUCCACCAGCGGCCUAUCCAGAAGUGGAGUCAUUGCCGUUGUUGUGGUGACCUUCAUCCUACUGGGGAUCGUCCUAGCUCUGGUUGCCAUCUAUCUUAUGAAACGCAGAAAGCGCCAGUGUCAGACUAGCCGUCAGAUGCGGAAGAAAGAGCCUGCACCAAUCAGCAAAUCCUACUUCAGCCCUCAGAGAGUAACCCCUCCUAUGUUGGUACAUCCUAAAGGUCCCCCGCCUCAUCCUCCUAAGGGCUCACCCAAAGUCCCGACCACAGCUCCGCCCAAGGUCCCGCCGACAGCUCCGCCCAAGGUCCCGCCGACAGCUCCGCCCAAGGUCCCGCCUACAGCUCCGCCCAAGGUCCCGCCUACAGCUCUGCCCAAAAGCCUGCACACAGACUUCAGAGCAGCAAAGCAGGCUCUCAGACCACCUCCUCCUGCACCAAAGGUGUGACAUCCGCCUCCACUGGACUGACGUACGGAACAAACCGGCCUUGAGACCUCAGGAUCUCACAAACUGGGCCCCCAAGCACCUAAAGAGGACUGAUGAACUUAAACUACUUGAGUUUUGUGUGGCCGUCUACUGGCCAACACAGAAAGUGCAGCUAAUGCUGUGCAGAAUCCAAACCUAUCUUCUGUAAAUCCAGCUCCUGAAGGCCAGCUCGCUGCAGAGCUUGGGUCCUCUUGCAAAAUAACAAAUCUGGUGUGUUAAAACAGAGGAUGUGUUGUAAACUAUGCAGCGGCGUAGGUCUGCAGGGCUGGAUUUGUGCCACUGGUUGGUCUCAGGAGAGUGCCAUUCUGUGGUAUGAUGCCUCCUAUUGGAGCCUUUCAUGUAUAGAACUUGAAUUUGUAUAGAAUAAUUUAUUUUCCCACUUGUGUGCUGUGUGUGUGUGUGUGUGUGUGUGUAAUAUAUAU